AGAAAGUAAAAGUCUCUCAGGGAAGUCGCUCCAUUAUCCCGUUUAUCGCCCUUUAGCAGCACAGGCAUGCACAUGACUGACUGACCGUCAAGAAGAAAAGAGUUUGUCCGUUCUUCAGGGCGGUAGAAAGACAUUAAAAGAGCUGCGAAGUUCAUCCGAGGUCACGAAUCGGGAAAAAAAAUGUCGCGCGGUUCAAAUGCAGGCUUUGACCGACACAUCACCAUAUUUUCACCAGAGGGCCGUCUCUACCAAGUCGAGUAUGCCUUCAAAGCCAUCUCCCAGAGUGGGCUGACAUCUGUGGGGGUCAGGGGGACAGACAGCGUUGUGGUGGUCACGCAAAAGAAAAUACCUGACAAACUGCUGGACUCUUCCACUGUGACCAACAUGUUCAAACUAACCCCUCGCAUUGGCUGUGUGAUGACUGGACACAAUGCGGACAGUCGUUCCCAGGUUCACCGGGCACGAGUGGAAGCCGGAGAAUGGAAAUAUAAGUUUGGUUACGACAUCACGGCAGACAUGUUGUGUCGCAGGUUGGCUGAUAUCUCCCAGGUCUACACUCAAAACGCUGAAAUGAGGCCUCUAGGCUGCUGUAUGAUCAUGGUGGCGAUGGACCCCCAGCAGGGUCCCGCCCUGUAUAAAUGUGACCCAGCAGGCUACUACUGUGGCUUCAGAGCAACCGCAGUCGGGGCCAAACAGACGGAGGCCAAUAGCUACCUGGAGAAGAAACUGAAGAAAAAGCCUGAAUUGACACACGACAGGACAGUACAGCUGGCUAUAACAUGUCUGUCCUCUGUCCUAAACAUGGACUUUAAGGCCAGUGAGCUGGAGGUUGGCGUGGUCACCAAGGAAAAACCCAAGUUCAGGACGCUGUCAGAGGCAGAGAUAGAAGAACACCUGGUGGCUAUCGCAGAACGCGAGUAAGGAUGCCCUCAUAAAUUUCAGACCUCCUUUCAUCAUCGUGUUUCUUUGUCAGUGUGCUUGAUUUAGCCCUAAUUUAACCACACUGCUAGCAACAGUCUGAAGGUAAAAGUACACAGUCGUCCACUUGUGUCUCCUGGGCGGUUAAUAAUGAGGUCUCGGUUCAGGUUUGAUUUGUUGUGUUUCUGUUAUGUUUAAAUUCUGAUCUUCCACGUAAAACCAUUUUUAGUGGGCAUCACAAGCAACAAAUUCCACAUUCAUACUUGGUGAUAUAUUUCCUUGUAUGAAAUACAAGUUUUGGAUGUUGGUUAUUUAAUAUUACCCCUGGUUUUUUGUUUGGAUGUGGACAGAAUAUUUGCCACACAGCUUGUAUUACACUGUAUGUUUGUAACACCAUCUCCACACUGGUAAAGCUGCAAUAAAAAAACAUCAGAUUGAUUGUCAACCUCUAUAAACCAACUGUCAUAAUAAAAUUGAAUAGAAAAAUGACUAGAAA